GUACCAAAAUUAAAGUGCAUCGAUUAGUUUUGUUAGUGCAGUUUUCCACAUUUUAUCGAUCCAACUUGUGACAAAAAAAACGAAUCAUGGGCAUUACGAAGGAAAGUCUGUCCGAUAUUCGGGAGGAGUUCGAGAAAGCUCACAAGAAGAUCGACGAGGAUAGCAAGAAUGACCCACCGACAGAACCGUUCCGGUCGCACUACGCCGCACGGGAUAUUCUGCAAGGAGUGCAGCGCAAGCUGAAGAAUCUGCGUGACUCGCUGGAUGCAGGGUCCGACGCGGAGCUAACCGUGAGGUGCAUUUUGGCUAAUGUACUGAAGGACAUUGGACGGAUUUCGAUUUUCACGGAGGAACUCAGCAAUGGGGAGUUGGUGCUAAAGGAAGCGUUGCAACUGGUUCAGGAUGAUAACGAAACAGCGUCGGGAGUUAAUGCGUACAUUGAGGUGUUAAAUCAGCUGGGAAUAUUGUACUGUAAUAGAGGAAGCUUUGAAGAAUCGAAAGCUAUUUUGGAACAAGCCAUGGAGAAUUAUGAAACCGUGAAAGGGAAUGCGGAUUUCGAGCCAUUGACGAUUUCGGAUCUCUUUGGAACAAAAGAUGAAAUCGAGAAAGGAAAAGGAUUGUUAUUGUUGGAGAAAAACCAUACACUAAGUUUGUACUAUUUGGCGCAGGUCUAUGGUUAUCUGGAAGAUUUGGUAAAGUCCGCUCAUUACUGUCAUCGAACUCUGAAGCGGCAGCUAGAUUACAAUGAUUACGAGCAUGUAGACUGGGCUCUUAAUGCGGCUACUUUGUCGCAGUACUACUUCCCCAAAAAUUACCUCUGCCAAGCGAGACAUCUGCUAGCAGCAGCAUCCUACAUGCUGGAUCGCUUCGAGGAGGAAGUGAUUCCCAAGGAAACGAAUCCGACGGUUAGAACGGAAAAGAUUGAAACUCACCAGCACCGUUCGGCGGACGUUGCCCGCUGCUGGGCGAAGUACGCCAUUCACAUUUUAUCUACUAGCAAGGAUAGGCUCUGCAACGAUGAUGGUGAAGAAGGUACUGAACGGCAGAACGCGGAGAGUUUAAGCCCAGUUAAGGAAAUAGAUCGAUUUAUCGGCUUGGAAGGAUUGUCCGUCUACGAGGAUCAGAUAACGGAUGAAUUCUGCUUGACGUUGGAUGAUGCCAAGUUGGUCCUGUUGAACGGGUUAAGUUGGCUGAAUAAGGCUAAGGAGUACUAUACGAAGGAAACGGAAGCGUCCCAGUACGCUAAGAUUGUUCAGGACAUUGCUUCACUGUACAAGCAUUUGGCGUUUUUCGAAGAUAACGAAGAUAAUCAAUGUAAGCUGUAUAAAAGAAGCGUGGAUCAGUUGGAAGAGUUGGACCAGGUCUUGAACGCUACGUACUAUCAAACUAUUUGCAGGGAGAUCUGGUAUGAACUGGCUCUGAUCUACUCGAAAAUGUUGGACGUGAAGCUGAGCAAACUGGAUUCACUUACCGCAAGCGAACGGCCCUCGCCUCAUGCGUUGAACAAAAUCAACAAGCUCUGCGAGAAGAGUAUUUCCAAGUUUCAGAAAUUUCUCGAAUCCUACAAAAUACCGCUGGACACGCUGGAAGUCCCCGCCGGCAUCGACAACUGCGAAUUGCAACCCGUUUACUUUGCUUACUUCCACAUCGGGCGGUUGUACUACAAGGUCAUCACGCCGGACAGGAGGAUGCAGCUGGACAACGUUCAGAACAGUUUUCGGUAUUACCAUCACUUUGUCAAGAGCUGCGAAGAAAAUGAAAUCGUCGGGGCUCACUUCAAGGCUGAAAUGGGCGUUUGCAAGGAGAUGAAUACGCUUCUGCCGCUGAAAAUAAAGAAACUUAUGAACGAAUUGAACGAAUAAGAACUUACUGGGCCAGUAGUAAUUUGAAGCGUGUGAAG